AGUGACAGCUGUCUGGGUUUGGUUCCACCCAUGGGCUGUCGCGGGCGGUGAUGGGAGUCCCAAGAUGGCGGCGCCCGUCUGAGAACCUGCAGGGAGCUCGCGCUGCUAGUGUUGCUGCUGCUGCUGCUGGGACUGUUGCGGCUCUUCAGGGAAAGACACGGGGAGGAGCCGCUGGAGUCCGGGCCCACCGCCGAUCGUGCUUUCCUGUGUCACACAGAAAUAAUGUUGAUAUUUGGAACUCAUGUCGAACAUCUAUGAAGAGAGGGUAACGAUGAUUGCAGCAGGGGAUUUGCAGGAGUUUGUCCCUUUUGGCCGUGACCACUGCAAGCACCAUCCUAAUGCGCUGAACCUGCAACUUCGGCAGCUCCAACCAGCCUCAGAACUUUGGUCAUCAGAUGGAGCAGCUGGUUUGGUAGGAUCCCUUCAGGAAGUUACAAUCCAUGAGAAGCACAAGGAAAGUUGGCAGCUAAGGAAGGGCAUCAGUGAUGUUGGGGAAGAAGUGGAAUAUGAUGAAGAACUAUAUGUGGCCGCCAAUAUGGUCAUUUGGAGCAAAGGAAGUAAACAUCGAGCUUCUGCAGUCUAUAAAGCAUUUACCGUUGACAGCCCUGUUCUGCAGGCACUGUGGUGUGAUUUCUCUGUACCCCAAGUUAAGCUGGACAAAACAGAAGAUAGCAGUGAAGUAGUAGAAAAGUGUAUCUGCAUAUUACAGAGCUCUUGCAUCAAUAUCCACAGCAUUGAAGGAAAAGAUUACAUUGCUUCCUUGCCUUUUCAGGUAGCAAAUGUCUGGCCAACAAAAUAUGGUUUGCUGUUUGAACGCAGUAGUUCUUCACAUGAAGUGCCUCUCAGUCCAAACAGAGAACCUUUGCCCACCAUGUUCAGCAUGCUGCACCCAUUAGACGAAAUAACACCAAUGGUUUGUAAGUCUGGAGCAGGUUUGUUUGGCUCUGCCAGAGUACAGUAUGUUGCUGACUACUCUAUGAGAAUUGUCUUUCUCAAUGCUGAUCCUUCCAUCAUAAUGACUUACGAUGCCACUCAGAGUUUGCACACCAUCUGGACGCUACGUAUAGUGAAACCAGAGGAGCAGAGCGCUGUUUUAAAGUUCUCCGAGCAGGUGGGGACCCCUCAACAUGCAGCCACCAGCAGCUCCUUCACCGUCCAUCUCAGGAGUCUGUCCAAGGGUGACUCUCCUGUGGCUUCUCCUUUCCAGAAUUAUUCCUCUAUACAUAGCCAGAGCAGGUCAGCGUCAUCCCCCAGCAUCCACUCCCGCUCACCUUCCAUAUCCAACAUGGCAGCUUUGAGCCGGUCACACUCGCCUGCCUUAGGGGUGCAUUCUUCCUCAGGAGUGCAGCGAUUCAACUUCUCCAGUCAUGCUCAGUCUCCGAAGAGGCACAGUGCUUUCCAUUCUCCAAGCAGUGCUACCACAGACUCCUUCCUCGCCCCAGAAACUGAACUGAUUGUUCCAGAGCUCUGCAUAGACCAUCUGUGGACUGAGGCAUUCACUAAUAUGAGGGAGAAGAACUCUCAAGCCUCCAAAGUAUUCAUUACAACCGACCUAUGUGGGCAAAGGUUUUUGUGCUACCUUGUAGAGUCUCAGCUCCAGUUGCGCUGUGUGAAGUUUCAGGAGAGUAAUGACAUGUCACAGUUGAUCUUCGGCUCUGUUACCAACAUUCAUGCAAAGGAUGCAGCUCCAAUCGAAGGCAUUGAUACUAUGCUGGUUCUGGAAGGCAAUGGAAACUUAGUCCUGUACACUGGAGUGGUUCGGGUAGGAAAGGUUUUCAUACCUGGUUUGCCGGCUCCAUCAUUGACGAUGUCUAAUCAGAUGCCUCGCCCAAGCACUCCUUUGGACUGUAUCGGCACUCCUUCUAAGCCUUUGAAUAAGCACGUUGGACCCUUGGAUGAGCAUGGAGUGCUGUCCCCUGUUCCGGAGCUGAGGGAUUCGUUCAAACUUCAGGACUCCUCUUACAUUGAUGAUUGCACUUUCCAGCAACUAGCAACUUUUGUGCAUUCUGUGAGAGAUCCUGUCCACAACAGAGUGACUCUGGAACUCAGCAAUGGCUCAAUGGUUAGAAUUUCAAUUCCUGAAAUUGCAACUUCAGAAUUAGUCAGAAGAUGUUUGCAAGGCAUUAAGUCUAUCCUGCCCAAAGAGGUAGCUGUGCAAAUGCUUGUCAGGUGGUAUAAUACUUACAAUGCACCAGGAGGACCCAGUUACUACUCGGAGUGGAACUUAUUUGUCACUUGUAUGAUGAACAUGAUGGGUUACAGCACAGACAGAGUGGCGUGGACUCGUAAUCUUGAUUUUGAAGGAUCUCUUUCUCCAGUCAUUGCUCCCAAGAAAGCCCGUCCUUCGGAGACAGGAUCAGAUGAAGACUGGGAAUAUCUGUUUAAUUCUGACUACCAUAAAAAUGUCGAGUCUCACCCUUUGGCCAAAGCUCUGCAGCUGGAUACCCUGGAAGUGAAAUUUCCAAAGGACAACCUUUCACACAGCCACUGCUUGGAUUCCUCCACUCUUCUCUUCCCCCACAUCCCGGCUAUUUUCUGUGUGCUGCACUUAAUUUACGAGGAGCUCAAACUGAAUUGCUUGAUGGGUGAAGGAAUUCGUUCCCUUGUUGUGCUUCUGGUUCAACUGGCAAGGGACUUAAAACUGGAAGCUUACCUAGAUUAUUACUACAGAGACUACCCGGUGCUUGUAAAGACUUCCAGACAAACAUGCAUAAUUGAUCCAGCCCAAACAGGUUUCAUGCAUCAUCCGUCGUUUUUUUCUGCUGAGCCUCCAAGUAUCUUUCAGUGGCUGAGUUCUUGCUUGAAGGGGGAAAGUGUGUUGCCUUAUCCUUACUUACCAGGAAUAUGUGAAAGAAGCAAGCUAGUUGUGCUGAGUGUUGUGCUGUACAUACUAGGUGACGAGAGAGCUGUUUCGAAUGAAGCAUCCAAUUAUUUGUCCAGGAUAACUUCAGGGCAGCGAAAGCAGCAAACGGAACAAGAAGAAUAUCGAUGCAAUUUUAGGCACAGCACAUCCGCUUCCAGCCUUGCUGAAAAGUUAGUUAUCUGGAUGACGAAUGUAGGAUUCACUUUAAGAGAUCUGGAGUCAUUGCCAUUUGGAGUUGCUCUUCCGAUCAGAGAUGCAAUAUAUCACUGCCGACAGCAGCCUGCCUCUGAUUGGCCAGAAGCUGUCUGCCUUUUGAUUGGUCGGCAGGAUCUUUCCAAACAGGCUCGUGAAGUAAACUUGCCAAAGUGUAAAGCUUCUGACACCCAGGUGCUCUCGUCAGAUAUGCCCUCAACAGCAGAGUCAGAAGAGGAGGAGGAUGGAAUGAAUGAUAUGAACCAGGAAGUGAUGUCACUAAUCUGGAGCGAAGACUUGAGAGUGCAAGAGGUGCACAGACUUCUCCAGAGUGCCCAUCCUGUCCGUGUCAAUGUAGUUCAGAUGCCAGAAGUCAGUGACCAUGAAUAUAUAGAAGAAAAGGAAAACCGGUUACUGCAGUUGUGUCAGAGGACUAUGGCACUGCCCUUGGGGAGAGGAAUGUUCACUCUGUUCUCCUAUCAUCCAGUUCCAACAGAACCAUUGCCGAUUCCCAAGUUGAACCUGACAGGCCGAGCUCCUCCAAGGAAUACGACAGUGGAUCUUAACAGUGGGAACAUAGACGUGCCUCCCAACAUGGCCUGUUGGGCCAACUUCCACAACGGUGUGGCUGCCGGGCUGAAGAUAGCACCAGCUUCCCAGAUAGACUCAGCCUGGAUUGUCUACAACAAACCCAAGAAUGCAGAACUAGCCAAUGAAUAUGCAGGCUUCCUUAUGGCCCUAGGUUUGAAUGGCCACCUCACAAAGCUCGCCACACUCAACAUCCAUGACUACCUGACAAAGGGUCAUGAGAUGACCAGCAUUGGGCUCUUGCUCGGGGUUUCUGCUGCCAAGCUGGGCACAAUGGACAUGUCGAUCACGCGGCUGCUCAGCAUCCACAUCCCUGCUUUGCUGCCACCAACUUCCACUGAGCUGGAUGUUCCUCACAAUGUGCAAGUGGCCGCUGUUACCGGGAUCGGUUUGGUGUACCAAGGAACUGCUCACAGACAUACUGCAGAAGUUCUCCUCUCAGAAAUCGGACGUCCUCCGGGUCCUGAAAUGGAGUACUGCACUGACAGAGAGUCCUAUUCGCUGGCUGCUGGCUUAGCUUUGGGCAUGGUUUGUCUAGGGCAUGGCAGCAACUUGAUAGGCAUGUUGGACCUCAAUGUGCCUGAGCAACUGUACCAGUAUAUGGUGGGAGGCCACAGGCGCUUUCAAGCCGGGAUGCACCGUGAAAAACACAAGUCUCCUAGUUACCAAAUCAAGGAAGGAGACACCAUCAAUGUGGAUGUGACCUGCCCCGGUGCAACUUUAGCACUAGCGAUGAUCUACCUCAAGACUAACAACAGAUCCAUUGCUGACUGGCUUAGAGCUCCAGACACCAUGUAUUUGUUGGACUUUGUGAAACCAGAAUUUCUUUUAUUAAGGACACUUGCUCGCUGCUUGAUUUUGUGGGAUGACAUAUUGCCCAGCUCUAAGUGGAUUGAUAGCAAUGUGCCACAGAUUGUGAGGGAGAACAGCGUUUCCCUUCAUGCAACUGAAAUGCCUUCAUCAGAAGAUCUAAAUCUGGAAACACUGGCGCAGGCUCAUGUCUACAUCAUUGCUGGGGCCUGUUUAUCUUUGGGUUUUCGAUUUGCUGGUUCCGAAAAUCUGGCUGCCUUUAAUUGUCUGUACACAUUUGCAAAAGAUUUCAUGAAGUGCUUAUCCUCGGCUACAGCUUCCAUAGCAGGCCACUAUAACCUGGAGACUUGUCUGAGUGUGGUGUUGCUCUCCCUGGCAAUGGUAAUGGCGGGGUCGGGAAACUUGAAAGUCCUCCAGCUUUGUCGUUUCAUGCACAAGAAGACCGGUGGGGAGAUGAACUAUGGAUUCCAUAUGGCACAUCAUAUGGCUCUUGGACUCCUCUUUUUGGGAGGGGGAAGGUACUCACUCAGCACUUCAAAUUCUUCAAUUGCUGCUCUUCUUUGUGCCCUGUAUCCUCACUUCCCUGUUCACAGCACCGACAACAGGUAUCACCUGCAGGCUUUGCGACAUCUCUACGUGCUGGCAUCUGAGCCCAGGCUCCUUGUCCCUGUGGAUGUGGAUACAGACACCCCUUGCUAUGCGCUGCUUGAGGUUACGUACAAGGGAACCCAGUGGUAUGAAGAGACAACGGAAGAACUGAUGGCACCCACCCUUCUGCCUGAACUUCACUUGUUGAAGCAGAUCAGAGUGAAAGGCCCCCGAUACUGGGAACUGCUGAUAGACUUAAGCAAAGGUGCACACCAUCUGAAGUCAAUUCUCUCAAAGGAUGGUGUCUUGUAUGUAAAAUUGAGAGCUGGGCAGCUUUCAUACAAGGAGGACCCAAUGGGCUGGCGGAGUCUCCUAGCCCAGACUGUCACUCACCGGAAUGCAGAUGCCCGUGCAUUCAAGCCUGAAGCUAUUUCUGCUUUCACAUCUGAUCCUGCACUACUUUCGUUUGCUGACUACUUUUGCAAACCAGCUGCGAAUAUGGGGCAAAAGCAGGAAAUGUUUGAUCUCUUCUCAUCCAUCCUCUAUGAGUGUGUUACUCAGGAGAAUCCAGAGAUGCUGCCAGCUUACAUAGCAAUAGACCAGGCUGUGAGAAGAUUGGAAAGAAGAGAAAUGACUGAGACAUUUGACUUGUGGCAGAUAAAACUGGUUCUGGAAUUUUUUAAUUCGCGGAGUCACCAGGAGAGGAUGAGGAAAAAUCCACACCGUGGGCUUUUCAUGAACUCUGAGUUCUUACCUGUGAUGAAGUGUUCUAUUGAUAAUACUUUGGAUCAGUGGCUGCCAGCCGGAGGUGAUGUCUGCUUGCACUCCUACCUAAGUGGACAGCUGACUGACGAAUCUCAGCAGAACAUGUUGGCCUGCUUCCUCAUAUACCACUCUGUCCCAACUCCAGGGCAGCUACUAGCUGGAGGCUUGGAAGGUAGUACAAGCUUUUCCGAACUGCUGCUGAAAUUCAAGCCACUGAAGAUGCCCGUCCGUGCACUGCUUCGACUUGCACCUCUGCUGCUGGGAAAUCCACAGUCAAUGAUUUUGUGAUAACAGCAACGUGUAUUCGACACAACCAGUGACCAAAUGCCAGUACCACCCCAGUAUUUGCUGUUGAAUGAAAGGCGGGCUGAUGUGGUCGGCUUCACUUUCUACAUUCACAGGCCACAUCUGACACAUAUUUUCAUUCCCCUUUUUAUGUUUCGAGAGUGAUAAAGAGAAGUUUAUAUAUUGUUGGACAGCCGAUAUGUCCAUGCAAAUGAAUAUGUUUACUUUUUGUAAAUAAAGCUUGUUUGCAAAAAAGAAAA